AAACUAUGCUACAGACAUCUGAAGAGAAUUUGAGUGAGAGUUAUAUUCUUGACAACACUGAUGCAGUGGAACAAGGCACAAAUACUAAUGGAAAAAAUACGUUCAAAUAUUUGAGCAAACACACCAAUAAGGAGAACCUUAACCUGAAAAGACACAGGGGUAUACGUACGGGAGAGAAACGCUUUAUAUGUAAUGUUUGUAAUUAUGCAUGUCGUGACAGCUAUCUUCUAAAGUGGCAUAUAAGAAUCCAUUCAGGAGAUAAACUCUUCAAAUGUGAUGUUUGUGAUUAUGAAUGUAGGGACAGAAGGAAUCUAAAGAAACAUAUUAACAUACAUACAGGAGAGCACCGUUUUAAAUGUGAUGUUUGUGAUUACGCAUGUAAUCAAAGAAGCGUUCUGAAGGCACACAGCAGAAUCCAUUCAGGCGAGAAACCCUUUAAAUGUGAUGUUUGUAAUUAUGCAUUUACCCAUAACGACUAUCUGAAGCAAUUCUCUGAAGGUACAUAUGUGAAUUCAUUCGGCGGCCCUCUGAAGGUACAUAUGAGAAUCCAUUCUGGAGAGAAACCCUUUAAAUGUGAUGUUUGUAAUUUAGCACUUAUUCAUAGCGGCCCUCUGAAGGUACAUAUGAGAAUCCAUUCAGGAGAGAAACCCUUUAAAUGUGAUAUUUGUGAUUUUGCAUGUCAUCAAAGCGGCACUCUGUAGCGACAUAUGAGAAUUCAUUCGGGAGAAAAACCAUUUAAAUGUGAUGUUUGUGAUUAUGCAUGUAAGGUUGGCCAUACUCUUGUCAGGCAUAUGAGAAUACAUGGCAUAUGAGAAUACAUAAGGAGCAGAAGAGAAAUUAUUUAAAUGUGAUGUUUGUGAUUACGCAUGUAAUAACAGCAGCUUUCUGAAGACACAUAUCAGAAUCCACUUACUUUGCAAACAAUGUUUGUGACAUGC